CGCGCUUUUUCGGCAUUCCCGAAGAAAGUCUCGCAUAUAAUCGCGAUAUUUUAAAAUAACGCUCCUUUUCCUACUAGCCCUCGAAAAUGCCCACCAGGAACAGCAAGACCAGGAAGCUCCGGGGGCACGUCAGCCACGGCCAUGGCCGAGUCGGCAAACACAGGAAGCAUCCCGGAGGCCGCGGUAACGCUGGUGGCAUGCAUCACCACAGGAUCAACUUCGACAAAUACCACCCAGGGUACUUUGGUAAAGUCGGUAUGAGACAUUACCAUCUGAAGAGGAACACAAUGUUCUGCCCAACCAUCAAUCUGGACAAGCUCUGGACAUUGGUCAGUGAGCAGACCAGGGUCAACUACGGCAAGAAGCCCGAAGGCCCUGCACCCAUCAUUGAUGUCGUGCGUGCUGGCUAUUUCAAGGUGUUGGGCAAAGGCAAACUGCCCAAGCAGCCUGUCAUUGUGAAGGCCAAGUUCUUCAGCAGAAAGGCUGAGGAGAAGAUCAAGGGAGUUGGAGGAGCUUGUGUACUGAUGGCAUGAGCAUCUGAUACCAAUUAUUGAAAAUAAAUUGUAUAAAAAGAA